GGCCAAACACUACUUAUUAUUGUCCUUCCAACUGGUGGGGGGAAGAGCUUAUUAUUCAUAGUUCCAGCUUUUAUACUAGGCGCCAGGGUCACCAUACUCAUGGUUCCCUUCCAAGCCUUAAUCGAGGACCACGUGCAAAGGAUAUUAUAGAGCGGGGUUACCUACGCUAAAUGGACAUAGGUACAAACACACUACCCUACCUCUAUUAUUAUUAUGAGUACUAAUGUUAC